AGUAUUUUUGGUUUACCAUGGAUGUGUGCUGCUGCUGUACAAUCACUUGCACAUUGUAGUUCACUUUCUGUUCCGAAAAAAACAGCACCAGGUGAACGACCAGGUGUGGAUUAUGUUCUUGAACAACGAGUUACAACAAUUGGUGUAUCAUUGUUGAUGGGAUUAUUCGCUUUUGGUGGUUCAUAUCUACGACUUCCAUUAGCAUCUUUAUUUGGUGUUUUUUUAUAUUUAG